AUGACUCCUUGGGCUCUAUCAGGUGCGCAUAGCGCAAAAUGUGAAUGCGAGUCAGCAGCAGAUAGAGUCAAUGAUGUAUUGAAGCUGACCCUCGGGCUCCAGGCGUCUAUAUCGUCUUCACCAAAAAACGACUCCAAUUUCCUGCCAAGCAUUCAGUACUACCAAUCUUCCCACAAGAGACUGUUCUACACAGCCCACAUCAUGCGUUCAAAAAAGUAA